AUGUCCGUCGUUGAAAUCGAGUUCGGUGCUCUCGCUAGCAAGAUUGGUGUUGCGAUACACCGUGCUACUCCAUCUGUUGUCUCUUCCGGACCCAAGCAGCGGGCCAUCGGCGAGCCCGCAAAGACCCUUGAGAUCUCCAACUCCCACAACACCGUCGGCUCCCUCAAGAGGCUGCUUCGCAGGACAUUUUCCAACCCUAUGAUUUCAGAGGUUGAGUCACAAUACACCUAUGUGAAGUUUGUCGACGCAAAUGGCACCAUCAGUGCACAGGUAAACUACCUCGGCGAGCAAAAGGUCUUCUCAGCCACCCAACUCACCGCCAUGUAUCUUGGCAAGCUCUGGGAUACUUCCGCGAAGGAGCUCAAGACCGCCGUAUCCGAUGUUGUGAUCACUGUCCCUGGCUUGUAUACCGACAUCCAGCGAAGGGCACUCCUUGACGCUGCCCAGAUCGCUGGUCUCAACGUCCUCCGUCUCAUCAAUGACACGACUGCCGUUGCGCUCGGCUACGGUAUCACCAAAUCUGAUUUGCCUGAGGCUGAGAACCCUAGGCAUGUCACCUUUGUUGACGUCGGCCACGCGUCCAUGUCAGUUGCUGUCGUCGCGUUCUCCGAAGGUCAGCUGAUUGUGAAGAGCACGGCGUACGACCCUCAUGUCGGUGGUCGCGACAUCGACUACGCCCUUCUCCAGCACUUCGCUACCGAUUUCAAAGAGAAGUCAAAAAUUGACGUUCUCUCGAACCCCAAAGCUAUCUGCCGUCUCUCUGCUGGUUGCGACCGCGUUAAGAACGUUCUCUCCGCGAACGCCGAGGCGCCCCUCAAUGUUGAAUCGAUCAUGAAUGACGUCGACGUCCACAGCCAUCUCACUCGCCAAGAAUAUGAGGAAGUCAUCUCUGAUGUCCUCAGCCGUUUGGAGGCGCCUCUUCACGCUGCCCUCGUGGACUUCGGCCCCACGAUCGACCAGAUCGACACCGUUGGGCUCGUCGGUGGCUGCACCCGUAUCCCAGCCGUCCGCCAGAAGACGCAGAACUGGUCCGGCGGCAAGACACUCUCGACAACGCUGAACCAGGACGAGGCCGCAGCCCGCGGCGCGACAUUCGCAUGCGCCAUGCUCUCGCCCACCUUCCGUCCGGAGGACGAGGAUACGGAGCUCACCGUGUUCCCCAAGGGCAACAACCGCCCCGUCGACCAAGAUCCUCACGUUCUACCGCAAAUCCGCGUUCGAGGUCGAGGCUACGCUGACCCAUCGACGCUCCCGGGUGGGAUCAAUCCCUGGAUCGCGAAGUUCACGGCGAAGGACGUCCAGCCGCAGCCAAACGGCGACUAUCAGAUCGUCAAGGUCAAGACCCGUCUGAGCGCCAACGGUAUCCUCUCAUUCGAGCAGGUGUACACUGAGGAGAUUGAGGAGAGGGAGGAGCAGCCGAUGCAGGUCGAUGGGGCUGAGGGCGAGGCGGCUCAGCCGAAGAAGAUCGUCAAGAAGCACGAGGUUCCCUUCGUCUGGGGCCACUCUGGCGUCGACGCGAGCAUCGUCCCUCAGUUCAGGGAGGUCUAG